AUGGCUUUCUACAAAGUGAUCUGUGUGGCAGCUCUGCUGACUCUCCUGACACAAGAGUGUCACUCACAAAUAAGUGUUUCAUCAUUGUUAGUAUUUGCUGUCAAAGCUGUAUUGCUCACGCUGUGUCUUUCUCUCUCCUCAGUGUGUGGUCGGCCUGUGUUCAACACCAAGAUUGUUGGAGGACAGGUGGCCUCUGCAGGCAGCUGGCCCUGGCAGGCCAGUCUGCAAAGGUCUGGGUCCCACUUCUGUGGAGGAUCCCUCAUUAACAAUCAAUGGGUGCUGACUGCUGCUCACUGCUUCUACAGCACAGGCAUAACCACACGCACUCUGACUGUGUCUCUGGGUCGUCAGACUCUACAGGGAUUGAACCCCAAUCAAGUGACUCGGACUGUGUCACAGAUCAUCAUUCAUCCCAACUAUGACUCCGACACUGAUAACAACGACAUCUGCCUCCUGAAGCUCUCCUCACCGGUGACUUUCACCGCCUACAUUCAGCCCGUCUGUCUGGCAGCCCCAGGCAGCACCUACUACAGCGGCAUUCCAGCCUGGGUCACCGGCUGGGGCAGGAUUGGAAGUGGAGUGGACCUUCCACCCCCAGGAAACCUGAUGGAGGUGCAGGUACCGGUUGUGGGGAACAGAAAGUGUAACUGUAACUACGGAAUGGGCACAAUCACAAACAACAUGAUGUGCGCCGGGUUCAGUGCUGGAGGGAAGGACUCCUGUCAGGGGGAUUCAGGAGGUCCGAUGGUGAUCAAGCAGAGCGGUCGCUGGAUCCAGGGGGGAGUCGUGAGUUUUGGUUACGGCUGUGCCCUGCCUAAUUUCCCAGGAGUCUACACCCGAGUGUCCCAGUAUCAGUCCUGGAUCAACAGCCAGAUCACCAGCAACCGGCCAGGCUUCCUCAUCUUCAGGUCCACUGGGACUGACGGUGACCUCAGCGUCACCUGUCGAGGCCUGCCACCAAAAACCACAGGCUAAGGGUAUUCUGGCGGUCCUAUGAUGUGUGAGCGGGCGGCUGGUGGUUCAGCAGUGUUCAAAACAACGCCACCUACACGGUCAAGCAGAUUCAUUGAUGUUCUUCACCAAACUCAUCACUUACUUGCUUUGAGACCUACCUCGUGACUGCUAGAGAUCAAAAAGAGAUUCUAGAUGCCACCUGCUUUCCUGCUUCAUC